AUGCCUCCCCGUCGUCUCUGCAGCCACUGCGGUAAUGAGAAGGCUAUUCUAAAACGUCCCCGCAAUGGUCAAUUCCUCUGCCGCGAGUGUUUCUUCCAUCUAUUUGAAGAAGAAGUACACGCGACGAUAGUUGCCGAGUCCCUCUUCACUCCCGGUGAUGUUGUGGUCUGCGGGGCGAGUGGCGGGAAGGACAGCACAGUCCUCAUGCAUCUCCUCGCCCGUCUCAACGAUCGCCACAACUACGGCGUGCGGCUGCAUCUUCUCAGCGUGGACGAGGGAAUCGCCGGUUAUCGCGAUGAGAGUCUCGCCACCGUCCACCGCAACGCCGAUCACUACGGACUCCCACUGGAACUCGUUAGUCACAAACAACUCUACGGAUGGGAUAUGGAUGAAGUUGUGCAGCGCGUAGGAUUACGUAAUAGCUGCACCUUCUGCGGUGUAUUUCGAAGAUAUGCACUUGAUCGUGGGGCUGCUAAACUGGGCGCUACGAAAAUUGCUACUGGACAUAACGCAGAUGAUAUGGCAGAGACGGUAUUGAUGAAUAUGUUGCGUGCGGACCUUCCACGCUUAGCACGAUGCACUAGUGCCGUUACUGCAGGAGAGGGACUUGUUCCUCGUGUGAAACCACUCAAAUACGCCUACGAGAAGGAGAUUGUUCUUUAUGCUCAUCUGCAGCAAUUGGACUACUUUACUACAGAGUGCACCUACAGUAAGGAUGCCUUUCGCGGCGAGGCACGGAUGCUUCUCAAGGAACUUGAAGUACUGCAACCACGUUGUAUUCUCGAUACUAUUCGUUCAGCGGAACGUCUACGUGUAAAGGAAAAAGAGUCCGUUCCGGAAAAUCCACAAAGAUCUUGUAUUCGAUGUGGUUAUGUUACAAGUCAGAAAAUCUGUCGUGCCUGUGUUCUAUUGCAAUCCCUUAACGAAGGUGAACCCAUGUCAGCUGUACGAGGAGAACAAUUACAAGGAAUACGGGGAGGAGAAGAAGUGAAGGAUAUGGAGGAUGUUUGA